AUGGCAGGACAGAGCAGAAUGAGCACCAGCCUAGGUCUCCACGACCGCACUGCUCAUCCCAGCUCUCAGUGCUUGCUGAAGCUGAAUGUGACGGUGGAGUUUGGGGAGCAGGUUUACUUCAGUUCAGAUGAAGUCAGUAGUUUUUGCUUCCUUUUCUGUUGUUGGAGAGCAAUGUGCUGCAGUAGCUGUGAGCUAACCAACAUCAUCAUCACAGUGGAGAAAGAGGAAUGUGGUCUCUGUAAAGGCAUCAACACCACGUGGUGUGCGGGCUACUGCUGUACCCAGGAUCUAGUGUACAAGGAUCCAGCCAAGUCCAACAUCCAGAAAACAUGUACCUUCAAGGAGCUGGUGUACGAGACGGUCAAAGUGCCUGGCUGUGCUCACCACGCAGACUCCCUGUAUACGUACCCAGUAGCCUCUGAAUGUCACUGUGGCAAGUGUGACAGCGACAGCACUGACUGCACCGUGCGAGGCCUGGGGCCCAGCUACUGCUCCUUCAGUGAAAUCAAAGAAUAA